UCCACCUUUGACCGGCGUUGACCCCUGCCGUUUUGCGGCCGAUAUUACGACGUCUGGUCCGAUGGCGCAUGGAGACUUCCCGACGGUCUAAGUAGGUCAGAUCCGGUCCGAGAUGGGGAAAAGCAGGAAUAAGAAGUACAAGUCCGCCCGAGCGCGCCCCACCGGGCUGCCCAGUGUGGCAGAGGCGCUUCGGGAGGGCGAGGGGGCCGGCAACGGGACCGGGGAGCAGCCGGCACUGGCUAUCGUGGAGAAGCUGCAGUCAGCCUCAGCAGAAGAGCGAGAGUGUGCGUGCACCACCCUGGCAGGCCUGGUGCUACAGGAGGCCGGUCUAGCCGCCCUGUUGGACAGCCGGUUAGUCCGCACGCUCGGUCCGCUGCUGCUGGACCCCAGCCAAGCCGUCAGGGAACGGGCCGCUGGCGUCUUCAGGAACAUGACGGUUGGCGGAGGUCACGACCUUUGCGACCUCAUGGUGGAGGAGGAUGUCAUGACCCCGCUGGUCGCGCUGCUCAAACAGGUCACAGGUCAGCUGACCGACAGCCAGCCAAUCGACACGCAGGCUGGUGCAAGGCAUGCUGGGAGUGAGAGUGCGGACAGAGACCCGGUGUGGAGAAUAUUAUACCAGGCCGUUCACCUGCUGUGGAACCUCUGUGAAAGUAGCAGCACAGCAGUCUGCAUCUUUAACAAGGAGAAUCUUCUCCCUACAUUAUUACUGUGUCUUCGGCAACGUGACAGGAACCUACCACUGGCCAUGGCGGGGGCCCAGUGUCUGCAGACGGUGACAGAAGACAACGCAGAGGUGCUGCAGCAGUUUUCUGCAGACACACUGAAGCUGUUGGAGGCACUGCUGAUGGGGGAGGGGGGCGGCAAUGUGGACAGCCUGCUGCUCAGGACAACAGUCGCAGGUUGCAUCUUUAACCUGAAGACGCUGCUCCCGGCCGGCAGCCAAUCAGAAGCCCUGCAGGCCGUGGUGCGGGUUCUGGCCGAGACGCUGGACCACGACGUUACCAUGGCGAUAUCCGGCCUGAGGGGCAUGCUGGGAGAACAGCAGACCAACAACAACGGCACUGUGGAACAGAUGAACGGAGAAACAGACGGACCUGCGAGACCGGCAACACCUGAGCAGAACCAGUUGCCAGCGGCGACCCAAGCGCAGCUGGACCAGGUCAUGGCGCUCCUCUCGGCCCAGCAGACGGCUCUGGAGAUCAUCGCAAACAUGUGUCUGCCUGAGGAUGACAGUGACGAGGAAUGGGAGGACAUGGACAGCAGUGACACGAGUGACGAGGUGACCAUGUGUGACGUGACAGAGGAGGGGGGUACUCCCCUGAUGACCCCCCUCUGCUUGUCGGCCGAGACCCACACUGCACUCAUCAGCCACAGUCUGCCCAGGAAGGUCCUGGACAGGACAGUUCUCCCCGAGGGCUGCGAAAGUCUGGCAACAUCACCUCACGGGCAGCCGGUACUGAAAAGAUUACUUACCGUACAGAGACGAGCGCUGCUGUGUCUAAGGAACAUGCUGGCAGUUCUGGAUGGAGAAGGGAUGGACGAGGCUGGGCUGGUGCAGGUCGGGAACCACCUCAUGGGGCUGUUCUCAGUGUCCAGUGAUCAGGAGUUCCAGGAAGCUGUGACAGGAGCCAUCCGAUCUCUCCUGCAGAGGAUGGCAGCCGUACAGGUCACACAGCCGCUGUCCAGGGAACAGCUGUGUGUCCUGUGUGACCUUGGGCGACAGUCGCUGUGCCCGAGUGUGCGAGCUAACGUGGUGAAUGCUGCCGGCAGUAUGGGCAGCGUGCUGGCCAAACAACCCGACUCGGGAGAGAAACUCAAGCUGAUAGGUACGUUCCUGAUGGAGGUCGCAGGUAAGGACGCGGUGCUGUGGGUGGUGGCGGAGGCUCUGGACGCCAUGUUUGACAUGUUCGGGGACGGGCCGCAGGUGGACGCGGUGGCAGCUGACAUCGGGCUCGUGGCGAAACUCCGGCAGAUCUGCCCCGUCUUCAAGUCAAGGGUGCACAAGGAGAGGAGAAGUCUGGGAGAACACUUCCCUGUGGUGGACAACGCAAGAGUCAACCUCACCAGGUUCAUCAAGUACAAGGACGGCUGCUAGGGGGUCCUGAGGGAUCACCGGGCACAGCAGAAGGCUGGUAGGGGGUCAUGAUUGAGGGUACUAUCUUGGGAACUGGGACAAUUUGAUGGCAGAUUUUAUUUUAUCAAUAUUUUAAGUUGUCAGUUCAUUGAUUUAUUCUCCAAAACAGACAUGCAAGGCAGAGCUUUUGUGUCUUUUCCUACAAAAAUAUUUUUUGUAAUUUAUCUAUUUUAACCAUGUCUUGGGCUUGAUCUAUACACCUGGUUGCCUUGGAAUGAGCACUUCACUCAUGAAAAUGAAACUAUCAGGCUUUGUGUGAACUUCAAGGGAAAUUGAAUCACAGUUGUUGUCAUUGACUACCCCCCCCCUCCAUGGAAGCUGUAUUUGACCGUAAAUACAGUGAGUUACCAGCGCAGAGUAACAUACUAAUACCAGGGUACUGCGAGAUGUCAGUACAGUGUAACAUGUAAUACUGUAAGGACUUUGUAAGAUGGGAAAAACACUGUACAAUGUAUAUAUAUAUGAAAAUGAAUAAAUUUAGUCCUCAAAUUACACCCAGUCUGAUCGUGUUAUUUCUUCUAUACUUGGGUCCUAGCUGUGGUGACUGUCUUAUAUAUAUAUACAAGCAUGUAGCUCAUACAAGUCAUGGAACACUGCAUUGAAACAGUUAAAUGUCUAAUAUUUUCCAAAUAGUACACGAUUUCUAGUGUCCCUAACUUCCUAACACUCCUUGCCUAUAAAAACAAACCCAGCAUCCCAAACAAUGAUUAGCACAAGUACAUUUGGUUGUUAUCAAUAUAGAAUUUCUGUAUGACUUUUUAUUCUUUACAAUCAAGUCAAAAUAAUACACUCUGCUGAAGGCUACACUUUAAUCUUACCCAGUCUGGAUGAGCAUAAUCUACACCCACAAGUGCACUUAGAAAGGACAUCCUAGCUUUGCUACACAUGUAUGUACAAUACGGAUUCCUCAAUUUGAAAUAUUAUCCCUUAUGCUCUGCACCAUCACAGGGAAUGACUUGAAAUGUACAGUUUGUAAUGGCACAGCUGGCAAAAACACUUGACUAGGAACAUUAUCUAAUUUAUUUACAAGUUUUCUAACCGACGGACCGCCAUUUCUGUGUAAGUCUGUACAAAGCCUGUAGUAUAUAUCAAUGAGAUUUAUGUUGGAGACAUUUUUAAGCAUGAGGGCAGAAUCCAAGAAAGGUGAAGUCUGAAGAUUUCUAACAUUUUUGUACAGGAAUAUCCCGGAGAUACUGGGACCCAGACCAGUCUGGUCAGAGCUAUUCUAAAAACCUGCACAAGCAAACAUCACCUUUACUUAGACUCCAGGUUUCGUAAGGUAAAGAUAUCUGGACAGUGUUAAGGGAUGCAGAAAAAAUCUGAAGGCACUUCAACUUCAACUUGUAAGAUUCAGUCAAUAAAACUGCUUCAUUAUGGAAAGACUGAAA